GCACAAUUCCCAUCAUAUGAUCUCCUCAUAUGGACACUUUAAAUGAAAUUGUGAAAAAUAUAUAUUUAGGAGGGAUAAGUGCUGCAAAAAAUACCGAUCAACUUAAAAAGUUGAAAGUUAACUCAAUUCUUACUAUAGAUAUUCAACCUCUUCCAAAUAAAUUUACAAAUGACUUUUACUAUAAAUUUAUUUAUGCUCAGGAUUCAAUCAAUCAAAAUCUCUUAAGUUAUUUUGAUGAAUGUGCAAACUUCAUAGAUGAUUGUUUAAAAAAUCAAGAAAAUGAUAACUCCAUAUUAAUCCACUGUUUUCAAGGUGUGUCUCGAAGUUCAACUAUUCUUAUAGCUUAUUUAAUGAAACGACAUAGCCUGACCUUGACAGAAAGCAUAAGUAAAGUGUCUUCAAAAAGAUUAAUAAGUCCAAAUCCUGGUUUUAUGAAUCAAUUAAGAAUAUAUGAGUCGUUGAAAUGUCAGAUGGAUUUAUCGGAUCCAUCAUUUAGAGCUUAUCGACUUAAUCAAUUUGCCAAAAAUAUGCUUGAAACUUACGAAUUUUUCAAUAAGGAUGAUAUUCCGCUCAAUAUUUUUGGUACUGAUCCUUUAUAUAAUAGUGAUGAACUUGACAUGAAUUUGGAUCUGAAAAAGAAAGUUUAUAAAUGCAAACAUUGUCGGAGAUCUCUUUUUUACCACGACAGUUUAUUGACCCAUCUCAAAGGUUUCGGUUAUCUAACAUUUCAGCAUAAUCAUCAAUACUCAAAUAAUAACCACACGCCCAAUAAUAUGAACACUGAAUCUGUUUGUAAAGACUAUAUUUUUGUAGAGCCUGUUACAUGGAUGCGACAACAAAUUACGGAUUUAGUUCAAGGGAAAAUCCAUUGUCCCAAAUGCAAAGCUAAACUGGGCUCUUUUAAUUGGGCUGGCGAGAAAUGUGGUUGCCAAACUUGGAUAACACCAGCUUUUAAUAUUCAGAAAUCGAAAAUUGAUAUUUCUUAAUCAUACCAUCUCGAUAUUAAAAUUUUACCUCAAAUAUGGAAAUAUGUAUGCAAUUAAUAUUCGAUAUGUAUUAUUAUUUAUAAAGAUUUUAUUUUUUGUAAUAAAAAUGUUUUCUGA